AGCCCCUCUCCCCGCGACGGCCUUGCCGCGCGGCCCCGUGCGCUGGGCGGCCCCGAGGCCGCGGCCGGGCGGCUGUUGAGCCGAGAGGGGGCAGCUGCGGAGUUCCGUAACCAUAGCAACCGCAUCAGCACCACCACGGCGGCGGCGGCGGCGGCGAGGGCAGCAUCUUCUCGCUCCUCCUCCAGGCAGCCUCGCCGCGGGGACCGAGAGCCAGCUCGCGGCGCCCGACUCCGCGCUCGGUCCGCCCGCCGCUGCUGCAGGGGUGGGAGGCUGCAGAAGGCGAAAAGCGGCGAGUGAGGGACCCAGGAGCCGUGGCUUGAAGAGGUGAGAGAGGGAAGCCCUCCUGCAGUGGGAGACAGGUAAUGAACCAAAAAGAUCAUGUCUGAAGUACAAGGAACGGUUGAGUUUUCUGUAGAGCUGCAUAAAUUUUAUAAUGUGGAUCUCUUUCAGAGAGGGUAUUACCAGAUCCGAGUGACCUUGAAGGUGUCCUCAAGAAUCCCCCACAGACUGAGUGCCUCCAUUGUUGGGCAGACAGACAGCAGCAGCCUGCAUUCAGCCUGCGUCCACGAGAACACCGUGCACAGCCGGGUCUUUCAAAUCCUGUACAGGAAUGAAGAGGUGCCCAUAAAUGAUGCCAUGAUCUUCCGAGCUCAUUUGCUCUUAGAUGGUGAAAGGGUGGAAGAGGCCCUGAGUGAAGUCGAUUUUCAGCUCAAGGUGGACCUGCACUUCACGGACAGUGAGCAGCAGCUGAGAGACGUGGCGGGGGCUCCCGUGAUCAGCAGCCGCACGCUCGGCCUGCACUUCCACCCCCGGAGAGGUCUGCACCACCAGGUCCCCAUCAUGUUUGACUACUUCCACCUGUCGGUGAUCUCGGUGACCAUCCACGCCGCCCUGGUGGCUCUGCAGCAGCCCCUGAUCAGUUUUACUCGCCCAGGAAGAGGCUCCUGGCUUGGGAAGGGCGGCCCGGAUGCAGGACCUGAGCAGUCUAGCCUUUCUCUGGAAAACCUGGUGUUUGGAGCGGGAUACUGCAAGCCGACCUCCUCAGAGGGGAGCUUCUACGUGCCGUCAGAGAACUGCAUGCAGCGGGCCUACAAGUGGCACCGGGAGCUGUGUGCCCUGCUCCUGCGCGCCCGCUGCGGGCUCCGCGCCCAUUUCCUGAGCAUCAUGACGGACAUCCCUGAUGUGCCACGCGUGGAGCUGGAGUCCCUUGCUGUUGAAGAAACACUCUCCCAGCUGUGCUCAGAGCUACAGAUGCUGAACAACCCAGAGAAGAUAGCUGAGCAGAUAAGUAAGGAUCUCGCCUGGCUCGCCUCCCACCUGAUGGCCCUGUGGACCCAGUUCCUAGAUGCAGUGACUCUGCACUCGCAAGUGACCAUGCAUCUCACUCGGGAGCAUCACACCUUGAGGGUCCGAAGGUUUUCGGAGGCCUUCUUUUACAUGGAGCACCAAAAACUCGCAGUGUUGACCUUUCAGGAAAAUCUGAUACAGAUGCACAGCCAGCUGUCUCUGGAUGUGCGGAACUCGGAGUAUCUCACCACUAUGCCCCCGCUGCCGGCAGAGUGCCUGGACAUCGACGGCGACUGGAACACCCUGCCUGUUAUCUUUGAGGACAGAUAUGUGGACUGCCCUGCAACAGGGCAUAAUUUGAGCGUCUACCCUAAUUUUGAUGUUCCAGCCACAAGUUCCACAAUAAUGAAUCUAAAAGACAAGGAAGAGAACCAUAUUGUAAAUAGAAAAUCAUCCUUUAGGGAAGACCUGGUCUUGCCCACCAUGGAACCAUCCCAAGUGGGCUCUGGUGAAGAAGUUACUAGGUGUCCAGAGCCAGAUGAGAAUGUAACCACACCAAAUCAUGUGGACUUGUGCUCUGAAUCUCAGGUGUAUCUGACAAUUGGUGAAUUCCAGAGCAAAGCAGGUUUGCCUGGAGGAGAAUGUUGGACCAGCCCCAAAUCUGAUGUUGGAAGGCAUCCUCUGGCUGACGAGGACUUGAUGAGAAGGAGUCCAGGCCCAGAGGAUGGCCAGGCCCCAGCACUGACCUAUAUUGAUGUGAAAUCUAGCAAUAAGAACCCCUGUAGAGGUGAACACACAGUGGUCGUGAGUGCUCAGAAUAAGAGUGGACGCUCUCAAGAUAACUAUGAGUUAGACAGAACUGCGCUAAUAAGCAAAGGGGUAGCAGGCAGGAGUCAUCAAAAUGCCAUCUCUUCAGAGAAAACAGUGCUCCAUGCGUUGAGUAAUCUAGGGAAAGGAGUGGAUCGAGAGGGUAAGAUGGUGCUGCUAAGUCUGAAGCUCAUCCCCUCUGAACCCUGUGAGCCCCUGAACUCUACUUUGAGGGACCCCCUGGACAUUAGGGUUUCCCCAAAAGACCCUUGCACAGAGGGGCAGGAGGAAGCAUCAGUGCUGUGUGGGGUCAUUAAGAGAUCUUCCUCCAUCAUCUCCGAUUCAGGCAUUGAGAGCGAGCCAAGCUCCGUCGCCUGGUCUGAGGCCCGGAGCAGGGCCCUGGAGUUACCGAGUGACAGGGAAGUCUUGCACCAGCUGGUCCGAAGACAUGCCUUACACAGGAACUCCCUGGAGGGUGGACGCACGGAGAGCAAUACGAGUUUGCCAAGUGGGAUCCAGGCGUCUCUCACCUCCAUUAGCUCUUUGCCUUUUGAGGAGGAGGAGCGGGAAUUGGCUCUCACCAAACUGACCAAGUCUGUAUCUGCACCUCAAAUCAGUAGCCCGGAGGAGUCUGCUGAAGACACGGGCAACCUGCAGCAAGGAGGGGCUCUUGCUGAAGCUUUUGCUCUACAGAGCAAGGGCAGCCCCCCCCCGGGACACUGCAUUCAGCUUGGUGGUGGCUCCAGAAUCCAGGAUGCCAGGGCAGGCCUCUCCCUCGAGGAGGCGGUUUCGAAUGCUGACAGCCAGCAGGGCCCUGGGUACAUAGACAUCCCCAAAGGGAAAGGGGAUCAGUUUGACUCUCAAGGACCCUGUUGUCUCGAUGGAAGGACUGAGACCCUUCCAGGUGUUGAAACCAAAGGUCUUCAUUUAAAAAUACCAUGUACCAUAGCCCUUGAAACCCCUGGGAAUGGAUCUCUCCCUAGCGCACGAAUGGGGACGCCAGAGGGCAUGCCCGAAGACUUGAAUGAGGGGAAAGGGGCUCUUCCCAACAGCAGCACCUCGGGUGCUGAGAGGGCCGUCCACCAUCAGGUGCCUGAGCAGGGCUGCGCCUCAGUUGCUGCAGCCAUUGCCGGGGAUCCCGCAGCCGAGCGCAGCGGCUCACCUUGCCUCCUUGACGGGGCAGCGUUUGCUGGAGGACCCAGCACCUUCCUGGAGGUUGGACGUACAGCAGACACCGUGUGCUCCAUUGUGACCCACUCUGCUCCCUCCCGGGCUUUGGGAAACCAAGAGCCUAGGGCAGGUCCUUCCAUCCUGGCGUCCCACCCGAGCCCGGCAGAGACCUUCCCUCUCGACAGCCUGAAAACCGUGGAGGUCGUCAACUUAUCUGUGUCUUGUACCGCCACGUGUCUUCCCUUCUCAUCUGUGCCCAAGGAGACCCCUGUCAGGGCUGGGUUCUCUUCCAGACAGACCCCAUUUCCCAUCACUCAUCAACCUUUGGGUUCCUUUGGAGUUGUUUCUACCCAUUCCAGCUCGUUGGAGGAAGAAGUCAGUGAGCAGAUGUACAGUUUCUAUCAGGCCAAAGAAAACUUUAAAAAAGAGCUGAAGAUUGAUGGAUUUCUGUACAGUGACUUAUCUGUACUAGCUUCUGAUAUACCGUAUUUUCCACCAGAGGAAGAGGAAGAAAAUUUGGAAGAUGGGAUUCACCUGGUAGUCUGUGUCCAUGGCCUGGACGGGAACAGCGCGGACCUCCGGCUGGUGAAGACUUUCAUUGAGCUGGGCCUCCCGGGAGGAAAGCUGGACUUCCUCAUGUCCGAGAAGAAUCAGAUGGACACGUUUGCAGAUUUCGAUACCAUGACCGACCGGCUCUUGGAUGAAAUCAUCCAGCACAUUCAGCUCUAUAGCCUCUCCAUCUCCCGAAUUAGCUUCAUUGGCCAUUCUCUGGGCAACAUUAUCAUCCGCUCGGUCCUGACGCGGCCCCGCUUUCGGUAUUACCUCAGCAAGCUGCACACGUUCCUGUCGCUGUCCGGGCCUCACCUCGGGACCCUGUACAACAACAGUGCCCUGGUCAGUACAGGCUUGUGGCUUAUGCAGAAAUUAAAGAAAUCAGGGUCCCUUUUGCAGCUGACCUUCAGGGACAAUGCUGAUUUGCGCAAAUGUUUCCUCUACCAAUUAAGCCAAAAAACAGGUCUGCAGUAUUUUAAAAACGUCGUGCUGGUCGCUUCUCCCCAAGACCGCUAUGUGCCAUUUCAUUCAGCCAGGAUCGAAAUGUGUAAAACUGCCCUCAAAGACAGACACACAGGGCCCGUUUACGCAGAAAUGAUCAACAACCUUCUUCGCCCUCUGGUGGAAGCCAAGGACUGCACUUUAAUCCGACACAACGUGUUCCACGCCUUGCCCAACACUGCCAACACCCUGAUUGGCCGAGCGGCUCACAUCGCUGUGCUGGACUCAGAGCUCUUCCUGGAGAAGUUCUUCUUGGUGGCAGGACUCAACUACUUCAAGUAGUGGCUUUGAGAGAGCUCACCGGAAAGGUUUAAGACCGAUGAGACUUUAGCUGAGACAUCCUUUUGUAGACCUCUGCCAUUCCGGGUGGGGCUCAGAGAGGAAGGCGCUGAGGGCUGGAGCGAGGGGACUAGACAUCCAAGGUGCUUUCAUGUCAGAGAUUUGGAGAAGCUUGACUAACGGUGUAGAAAACAACAGACUGCCUAAACCUGUCUGGCUACUGGAGUCUCAUUCAAGAUGCUUGCUGGGAAAAACACAUGAGAAAAAGAAACAGAAUGCUUGGCAUUGGUGAGCCCACCUUUUUAACCACCACUGGCUCACAGACAGAAGGCUCCAAGUUUACUAGAUUUGUCCAGUAUGUUACUAGCUCAUAGCUUUAUCAUUUUUGAUUAACUUAAGUGCACACAAGCAUUUCAGAACUCAGGUUAACCUCUGUGCAGAAGCGGAACAUAUUUGUGUAAAUCUAACCUUAACAGGUUAAAAUGUGCCACUUGGUUGAGACAAUGUGAUGCCCACGCUCUCAUCCUCCCUCAUGUUUUCUCAACAAGGGGCAAAGGAAGCUUGAUGAAGCCCAGGUGUAUUUCCUAGCAGCUGUGGGUGGGGUGGUUUAAGGUAUGGAGGGGUAAAGGUGAUGCUGUUGGCAAAAAGGCAUGUUCCUUGCCACCUGAAGUAACUAGAGGGAGCAGUUGCCCACCUACUUCUUCAGAUAUUGUCUCCACACAUUAUUUUUGUGAUUGCUUAAAUCUCUGUCUUUAAUGGGGAAGAUUGGUUUAGACUCAGUCUAGUGGAAGGGGGCACUGAGAUUAACGCACACACGUGUGACGCUCCUGCUGACAGACUUGCAAAGACAUGCUGUGGUAGCAUGUCUACUACAUGCAACUGCAAAAAACCAAAACUAUUAACAUGGCCAGCUGCUUCUCCUCUCCAAGAAAGGAGAAAGACAUCUAAACGGAGGGGUGCUGGAUUACAAACCUCAGGGGAGCUCUAAGAAGGGUGCUGGUUAUUUUUCAAUAGAAAUGUCUUCUUGCCUUAGGAAAACAAAGGGCUAGGAAAGGUCACCAUUGAUAAAAACAGGAGAUAACAGGGUCAGCAGUGAGAUCAGAGGAAAACAGUAUUCGGAUGGAGGACCCAACUUAAAUUGUUAUGGGUAAUUGACAUAAGGGGAGUUUUGAAAAUCACCAGGAUGCUUAAUGUGGUCCCAAAGCUUGAGAACACUAUGUGGGCUCCAGGAAGCCUAGAGAAUGGUUUAAAUCCUGAUUUACUGAAGGAAUGCAUAUGGGAUACGCGUCUUCUGGCAGCAAAAGCUCCUACUUCUGCAAAAUUCCCUUCCGAAGUGUGACGAUUCACCUGGGACCAGAUUCCUGGGCCCAGCACCUGGACCAAGACCUUAGGUCGCCAAUCCCAUGGUCAAAACAAACCAACAAAAACCCACAAAUAAAGCUUAGCUUAUCUGACAAUUUUAGUUUCUCACAUAUUAGCAGCAUGACUGCAAAGCAAAUGCAGACCAUGAGAAACAAGUCCCGGUAGGCAGCUUUGCAGCACAGAGACUAGUGGAUUUCUUAA